AUGGUGUACACGAUCCCAAACCUCCCUUGCUCUCUUCCCGUCGCUACCAUCCCCAGAUACACCGACCUUGAGGCAGUCUCUAAAGACAUCAACCAUUCCCUGGAACUCCUCAGCGGGUCCCACUUUACUUCGAAUGCCAUAUGGCGAGACAGCUUUGCAAUGACAGGAACUAUGCGGACGUUUUAUGGGCCGCACGCGAUCGGGAGCGCAUGGCAGCAGACAUCGAAAGCUACCCAGCCCUCCGCAUUUAAGAUGCAAGGUGGGCCCAAAGUCGUCCGCAUGGGCCCCAAUGCCUGGGUAGAGCUUGAAUUCACGUUUGAGACCACCGGCCCACCUGCGACAACCUGUUCAGGUAUGCUGUCUGUGGUUCCCGGUGAGGACGGGGAAUGGAAAAUUUGGGUCAUGCGAACAAUCCUGGAGCAGCUCAAAGGCCAAGGAAAUGUGGAUAUCCUUCAACAAGUUACUCAAGGUGGCCACGCCGACGGUGUCGAGGGAGCCGAUGGUGUGAAUAGCGCCACUGGUGACAACGGUACCAUCGAAGUCAAUGCCGUCAAUGUUACCAGUGAGCUCAACGGUGCCAAUGGCAUCUCGAAGGUCAAUGGAGUGCACACCGGGGACACACAUUUUGAUUGUGUAAUUGUGGGUGGUGGUCAAGCAGGUCUGAGCACUGGCGGGCGACUGAAGGCUUUGGGGGUGUCGUACGUCAUCUUGGAGAAGCAGGCAGAGGUGGGAGACAGCUGGAAAUCCAGAUACGACUCUACGAAGUGUAAGGAUCGCAACUCCGCCCGUCAUUUGAUCCUUGAUCUCGACACUGAUGCCGCUGAUAGUACAUACAUGUCUUCCAAAGCACAUCUGCCGUUUGAGCGGACAUUCCCGGCUUCAUACAACGAGUAUCUCACAAAGAAUGAUUUGGCUCGGGGAUAUCAAGAAUGGGUGGCAAAAUACGAUGUGAAUGUCUGGCUUUCAACAAAGCUCGAAAAGGGGAAGUGGAUUGCGGACCGGGAGAUUUGGGAGCUCGAAAUCACGAAACAGGGAGAACCAAAAUCCAUAUCCGCCUCCUACAUUGUAUUCGCCGUUGGCGCGGGCUCACAAGUUCCUGUGAUGCCGACGUAUGAGAACAGAGAAGCUUUCAAGGGCAUCAUCCUCCACUCAGGAGAGUACCAUUCUGCAAAAGGAUGGGCUGGCAAGCAUGGUGUAGUAGUAGGGACAGCUAAUACAGGCCACGAUGUCGCCGAGGACAUGCUUGCAGCUAAUCUCGCAUCUGUAACAAUGAUCCAACGAUCGAAAACAUACGUGCUACCAGCAGAGCACUACCGAGAGACUCAAACAAGACUAUACAAUAAUCGUAUACCAACUGAGACAGCCGACCGGCUGUAUUUUUCAGGUCCUCUGGCUCUUGGAAGAUUGCUGGGCACAAGACAUCUGCAUGCCAUGGCCCGGGCAGACCCAGAGCGUUUUGAUGCCCUUGAGAGGGUUGGGUUCAAAUUAGAUCGCUUCGGCGACAUCUUUGCAUACCUUUUCGAGCGUUUUGGAGGGCACUAUAUGGACGUGGGUGCAUCGGCGAAGAUAGCAAAGGGCCUAAUCAAAAUCAAGUCUGACGCUCUGCCGGUCCGUUACACAGAGGACGGCAUACAAUUUGACAAUGGGGACCACUUGAGGGUCGACGUCAUCGUCUUCGCAACCGGAUUCGUCUUGAACACGAAGCUCCUCGUGGCCAACUUCUUCGGCGCUGAAGUCGCAGCUCAAAUUGACGACUUCUGGGGAACAGAUGAGGAAGGAGAACUCAAGGGCGCAUACAAGACAUGUGGACAUCCCGCAUUCUGGUUUCAUGGAGGGGCUAUAGGCCAAGCACGGUACAUGGCGCGCUUCAUUGCGCUGCAGAUUAAAGCGAAACUGCUUGGAACUCCUCUGCCGCUAUAUGAGGAUACUCCUCGGUAG